GCAGAGCCCGGACCCUACUUCUCGACUAGGACCGUUGGGGUUCCCGCGUGAUCGCAGGGCGGUGGCCGGUGAGUCCGGGCCCGACAGCUCCAGGACGGGGAAAACGAGGCCGGGGUUUCUCCGGAGACCCGGCACGGCCCAUCCUUUUCCGCAACAAGGGACCAUUGCUAUGGAAACCGGAGCCCCGGGCCGGCGGGGACGGUGGCUCCUGGGUCGUGACCGAUCUUCUCUCACCGGGAGACGCUCGCCCAAGGUUGCUUCGUGAAUGCACUUGCCCUCCCGCCCGCGAGAGAGAGUCUUCCAUGGACACAGCCUAGCAGGAAGAGGCCGCCUAUAUGUCUCACAGGCUGCUGACCCACCGGCCCGAUGACAGCGACCCCGGGUGCCUUCCCGGUUCAGUUCCGGCAGCCCUCGGUCAGCGGCCUCUCGCAGAUCACCAGCAGCCUGUAUAUCAGCGGCGGGGCGGCCGCCAACAACAGGCUCAUGCUCUCGAGCAACCGCAUCAGCACGGUCAUCAACGUCUCGGUGGAGGUGGUGAACACCUUGUACGAGGACAUCCACUACGUGCAGGUGCCCGUGGCCGACACGCCCACCUCGCGGCUCUGUGACUUCUUCGACCCCAUCGCAGACCACAUCCACGGCGUGGACAUGAAGCAGGGCCGCACGCUGCUGCACUGCGCCGCCGGCGUGAGCCGCUCAGCCGCCCUCUGCCUCGCCUAUCUCAUGAAGUACCACGCCAUGUCGCUGCUGGACGCCCACACGUGGACCAAGUCCUGCCGGCCCAUCAUCCGGCCCAACAACGGCUUUUGGGAGCAGCUCAUCCACUAUGAGUUCCAGCUAUUUGGCAGGAACACUGUGCGCAUGGUCACCUCCCCCUUGGGCAUGAUCCCUGACAUCUACGAGAAGGAGGUCCAUCUAAUGAUUCCACUCUGAGCCAUUCCGCCAGCACGUGCCCCAGGGUCACUGGUCUUCCACCAAGAUCUGUGCUCAGACACCCUUCUUUCGUCAAUACAGUAAAACCAGGUGACGCCUUUUGUAAGGGCAAGGAAAAAGGAAGGGUGCUGUAAGCUCUUAAUCUUAUCAUUCAUAUCUUUAAAGAGUCAGCUUACUACAUGUAAGAUGGUGAAGAUAAAUUUUCUCCCCAGUGAGUGACAAGUCAUGGCUGCUGACCAGAGGGGCGGGUGAACCAGGUGGUGCCCGGGUCAAGUGGACCAGCGCCCAAUGCACGUGGCAAGGCUGGAAUCCGGCAGUCUUCCCCAUGACCGACUAACCCAGGAAUGAGUCUUUCACAAUCCCACCUCAUUCUUUCAAACCCAAAGCCAGCCUUAAGCAUCAGGCACCUCCUGUGCUUCUCACAGUUUAAGUGCCAACCUAUGGGAUGAGUAGCCUUCAAGCAGUGUUCCAGAAACUCUGGGAGCCCCAAGGCAACCCUGCUUUCACCUUUAGCCACCAUUGCCCAACUCUGGUUUUCUGGAUUGAUUGGACUUACAUAUAAGAUAGUUUUCAAACGAAGCAUUCUGUUGUGUAAAAUUUUUUUUAAACAUUUUUUUUUGAGCACUGCUCUAAUGGCAAGCUCUUCUCCAGCUUUUGAUGAAAGGUGGCAUUGGUCUCUAUCUUGGAGCACGUAUGGAGAGCUGGCCUGACAUCGGGCCUCAGCCCAGAAGGCUGGAGCUGUGAACAGAAAUACAGCCCUGUCACCUCCUGUUCAUGUGGCCUGUGGCCUCUUGGAGCCUGAGUUUCCUCUCCCAGUGAUGACAGCCCUUUCCUCCUAGGGGCAUCGUGAGGAUCCGUGCUGCUUUAGCGCAGUGCCCCAGCGCGUGGUAGAUGCUUGGUGUGACCAGCCGCUGUCCGCAUGAAUGAUGCCCUGGCCCCGCUGGCCCGGGUCUGAGAGUCAUCCUCACAACAGCGGCUCCCCGCCUCUGUGCACAGCCCCUUAUUACUCAGAAAGUGCUCUUCCCAAAAGUCGUCCUGCACGGGGCGGGGAAGAAACGGUUUCAGUCUUCACGCACUCCUGCCUUGCAGGAGGCCUAGAUCUCAGAGUCUUUUCAGGCUUCCCACUGUGUUUAACCCGUGUCACCUGGGAGUCCUAGAACAAGGAGCACACAUCCAGCUUCCCCCAAAGGGCCUUGUUUAGAUCACUGACCAUGAGAGCCAGCCCUGGCCUAGCUGGCCGCUGGGGUCCACGGGGCGUGUGCCAAAGGGAUGAAUGAGCAAGCUCCACUGAAGGUCCUGAAAUCCAGGGUGGUUCCAAGGUAUGCAAGGAUCUGGGUCAAGACCAGCUAUUCUAACCCAGAGGUUCUCAGACCAAAGGAGAUCUGCUCCAUGUGGGUCCAGAGCCCGGUGGAGGCCAAACACGCCUUCUCCCCACACCCACCCCUCCCCUGCUUUCACAGAGAGCCUGUCCACAGGUAUCAUUGUAGGAUCAGGGGAGACUGGUCUCAUUUUCUUGAUGAAUAAACAGACCCACAAAUGCCAGGGCUAGUGUGGCAAGGCCCCCCGCCCCCCCGCCCCAAGCAGAAGAAACCCAUCUGAAAGAAACCCAGGUGGAAAAUUUCUUUGAAAGCAUUUUUUUUUUUCUUUUUUAAGAGAAGUUUAUUUGGGUAUAUUUUGUUUCAGGUUCUAAAAUGUUUGAAUUCACAUGUAACUGUCUCCUAUGUAAGGUUCUAUGUGUCUUAACACAUCUGUGUCACUACCUCCACAGUCAGGACACAGAGCAGCUCCAUCACCUCAGAAUUCCCUUAUGCUGCCCCUUUGCCCCACCCCAGCCUCUGGCAAACACGUCUCUGUUCUCCACCUGUAUAGAUUUGCCUUUUCCAGAAGGUCCCAUUCAUAGGUCAUAGCGGGUGUAGCCUCUGGAGACUGGCUGCUUUCAGUAUGCCUGAGGUUCACACGUGUUGCUGUUCAUGGCUGUGUGCUAUUCCGUUGUAUGGAUGUGCAGUUUGUUUUACUUUCUCCCACUGAAGGAUAUUUGGGUUGUUUCCAGGUUUUGGCAAUUUUGAAUAAAACUGCUACAAAUAUUUGUGUUUAGGUUUCUAUAUGAACAGAAAAUUAUCUAAGGUGUGUACCUAGGAGUGAGAUUGCUCAGUCAUGUAGUAAAGGUUUAACUUUAAAAAAAAAAACAACACCAAAUUUCCAGAGUAUCUCUACUUGUUUGCCUUCCACUAUGAGAGAUCUGGUUUUCCUCCAGUAUUUGGAACUGCCAAGAUUUUUUAUUUUAGCCGUUCUGAUAGGUGUGUGGUGUUAACUCCUCGUGACUUUGAUUUGCACUUCCCAUGUGGUUAAUGAUAUUAAGCCUGUUUUUGUGUGUUUAAUUGCCUUCCAUGUUCCCUCUUUGGUGAAGUGUCUGUUCAAUGCUUUUACCCAUUUUUAAAUUGAGUUGUUUUCUCACCAUUGAAUGUUGAGAAAUUCUUUGUAUAUUCUGGAUUGUUGUUGUUCAGUCACUAAGUCGAGUCUGACUCUUUAUGACCCCAUGGACUGCAGCACACCAGGCUUCUCUCCUGAAGUUUGCUCAAAUACAUGUCCAUUGAGUUGGUAGUGCCAUCCAGCCAUCUCAUCCUCUGUCACCCGCUUCUCCUCCUGCCCUCAAUCUUUCCCAGCAUCGGGGUCUUUUCCAAGAGAGUCGUCUCUUCACAUCAGGUGGCCAAAGUAUUGAAGCUUCAGCUUCGCAUCAGCCCCUCCAACGAAUAUUCAGAGUUGAUUUCCUUUAGGAUUGACUGGUUUGAUCUUGCAGUCCAAAGGACUCUCAAGAGUCUUCUGGAUACAAGCCCUUUCUCAGACAUGGAUCUGUGAGUAUUUCCCCCCCCCCCCCCCCCCCAUCUAGCGUCUUUUCAUGCUCUUUAAAGUGUCUCCUGCAGAGCAGAAGUGUUAUAUUUGGAUGACGUGCUACUUUGCAGAUUUUCCUUUUAUGGAUUGUUGUUUUGGUGCCACAUCUAAGAACUCUGCCUAACCUCCUAUCACAAAGAUUCUCUCUGGUGUUGGAGAGUUUAAAUUUUCUCCUUAUCUCUGUGAUCCUUUUGUAUAAGGUGUGAGGUUUAGUUUGAGGUUCAUAUUUUUUCAUAUGGGUGUUUGAUGGUUUCAGCUCUGUUUGUUGAAGGCUGUCCUUUCUCCACUGAGCUGCCUUUACGCCUUUGCACGGGUCUGUUUUUAUGCUCUUCAUUCAGUCUGAUAUAUGUCUCACUCUCUCUCUUUACCGAUACCACAUUAUCUUGAUGAUUGUAACUUUUAGAGUAAGUCCUAUGGUAUUCCUACUCUUAAGAGAAGUGUUCAUUCUUUUACCAUUAACUAUGAUGUUAGCUAUAGGCAUUUUUGUAGAUGCCCUUUAUUAGAUUAGGGAAGAAUUGGAAAGUAUUCUCUUCUGUUUUCUGGAAGGGAUAUAUGGAUUGGUGUUUCUUCUUUAAAUGUUUGAUGGGCUUCUGCAGUGAAACUGUUUGGGCCUGUAGAUUUUUUUUUUCAAAAGGAUUAACAGUGAAAUAAAUUCCAUUAAUAGUUAAAGGAUUAAUCAAAUUGUCUGUUUCAUCUUUGGUGCGUUUUGGUAGUUUGUGAUUUUCAAGGAAUAGAUCCAUUUCAUCUAAUGGAUCCAGUUUAUGCACAUGGAGUUGUUUAUAGUAUUCUCUUAAUAUCCUUAGUGUCUGCAGGGUGACAUCACAUUUUCAUUCUCCAAACUGAUAAUUUGUCUUCUCUAUUUCUUUGUUAGUCUAGCUAGAUGUUUAUCAAUUUAAAGAAUCUUUUUAAAGAAUAACCUACCUUGUGUCUUUAAUUUUCUCUGUUCUUCCCUUUUCUAUUUGACUGAUUUCUGUUGUUAUUUUUAUAGUUCUUUCUAACGUUGAAUUUAUUUUUCUCUUUUUUUUCUAAUUUCCUAAGGUGGAAACUUAGAUUAUGGAUUUGAGAGCUGCAUCCCACAAAGUUUUAUAUGCUGCAUUUUCAUUUUUGUUCAUUUCAAAACAUUUUUUAGUUUUCCUUGCAAUGUCCUCCUUAACCCAGGUAUUAUUUAGAAGUGUGUAGUUUAACUUGUAAGUAUUUGGAAAUUUUAGCACCAUCUCUUUGUUGUUGGUUUCUAAUUUUAAAUCCCAUCUAGGUCAGAGAACAUAAUAUUGUAUGAUUUCAUUCCUUCUAAAUUUGUUAAUGUUUACUUAACAAUGUAGGAUAUGGUCUGUCUUGGUAAAUAUUUCUUAUGCACUUGGAGAGGGGGAGAUGGUUAUUUGGGAUAGAGUGUUCAGUAAGUGUCAGUUAGGACCAGUUGAUGGAUGGUGGUUUUCUGUUUACUUGUUGUAUUGAUUACUGAGAAAGGAAUGUUGAAGUAUCCAACUAAGAUUGUGGAUUUGUGUACAUCUUUCAAUUCUAUUAAUUUUUGUUUCAUGUAUUUGAAGUUUUGUUGUCAGGUGCCAACAUACUUAGGUUUGUUACAUCUUCAUGGUGAACUGACCCUUGUAUCAACAUGCAUUGUCUCUUUUCCUUCUUAAUUUUCUGAAGUCUAUUGUCUGACAUUAAUAUAACCACUCCAGCUUUAAGUGGUAUUUGCAUUACAUACCUUUUUACGUCAUUUUACUUUUAACCAGAAGUAUGUUUCCUGUAGACAGCCUUUGGUUGGGUCUUUUUUAAAAUUUAUAUCUUCAAUUUGUUUCUUAAUUGGUGUGUUUAGGCCCAAAUUAUUGAUAUUUAGGUUUAGGUCUACCAUUUUAUUGUUUUCUGUUUAUCCUUUCUGUUUUUUUAUUCCUCUAUUUCCCUUUUCAUGCCUUCUUUUGGAUUACUAGUAUUUUUAAAUUAUUCCACUUUGAUUUUGUAUAGUUUUUUCAAGAGAUUGCACUAGAGAUUUUAACAUACAUACUUAAGUUUUUGUAAUCUCCUUAAAUUAGUAUUUUACUGCUUCUCACUGGUAUUCAUAUUGGAUAGUGUAUUAGUUUUCUCUUGCCACCAUAACAAAUCACCACAAACUUAGUGGCUAAAAACAAUACCUAUUUAUUACUUCACAAUCUAUGUGGGUCACGAGUCUGGUUGGGCCUAACCGAGUCUUCUGCCUGCCUGUGUGGUCAGUCGUGCCAACUCUUUGCCACCCCAUGGUCUGUGGCCCUCCAGGCUCCUCUGUCCAUGGGACUUCGAAGGCAAGAAUACUGAAAGGUUGUUGCUAAAACACAAAACAUGCUGGGAUUCUUGACCUCUGGGGGAGAAGAAUUCAAUCUGGGGCCAGAGACGAGGCUUGACCGCUCAGAGCUUUUGUGUAAUGAAGUUUUAUUAAAGUAUAAAAGAGAUAGAGAAAGCUUCUGACAUAGACAUCAGAAGGGGACAGAAAGAGUACCCCCCUGCUAGUCGUUAGCUGGAUGUUAUAUAGCUACUAGCAGUCUGCUAAUUAAAAAAAAAAAAAAAAAAGGAAAUGUCUCAAAACCCAGAGAGUGGCACCAGGCCCCUCCUGCACAAGAUGCAGUCUGAGAUAAUCUUGGCACCAGGUGAGUCAUCCCGGGCCAUAAAAUGAUUGACAUGAUUCUCGAAGAAAGGCAGAUUCCCAUACAAAUAUAUACUUUCAUUAACAAAUUAGGAGAACAGUGUAUGGGUAUAACAUACUGGUUUGUCAACAUACUGGUUCUGAGCCUUUAGGUUUGAGAAAAAUUAAGUUCAGGUGGAGACAUAAUCUCAUUAUGACAACACAGAAUUUUAAUUGAAACCUCUUUUUAAAUUUGUAUAGAGAAGGGGGGAAAUAUAACACUAGUUUGUUUCCUCCUGCCUCUUGAAAGAUAUAUGUCUGACACUUGCAGCCUGUUUCCUCCUUUGGAGACUCCUGGCCUUCCUGCCUGUUACCCUCUCAACACCAGAGUGGGUUGCCGUUUCCUCCUCCAGAUCUUCCCGACCCAGGGAUUGAGUCUGCGCCUCUGGCGCUCCAGGUCGGCUCUUUACCCUGCGCCACCGGGGAAGCCUGCUUCGGGACUCACAAGGCCAAAAUCAAAGGGUUUUGUCAGGCUGAAACCACAGGUGUUUCGUGUGUUUUUUUAACUGGAGGCUCUAGGGAAAGAUUCGGCUUCCAAGCUUAUUAAGAUUGUUGCCUGAAUUCAGUUCCUUGAAGUUGAAAACGACCCCAUUUCCUUCCUUUCAGCUGGGGGCUGCCCUGUGCUCCUAGAAGCUGCCCGCAUUCCUGUCUGUGCUUUCCACGCGGCCUCCUCCAACAGGAGGAGGUUUGAAUCCCCCUCAGGCUUUGAACACCUCUGACUUUUCCUCCUGCCGCAUCUCCGAAUCCAGUCAGACAAAAAUCUCUGCCUUUAAGGAUUCAUGUGAUUAGACUAGGCCAGCUCAAUAACCCAGACAGUCCGGAUUUUAAAGUCUAUAACCUCAAUUACAUCUGAAGAAUGUCUCCUGUCAUGUUCACAUUUCCCAGGCAACUGGGCAUUUGGUAGAGGUGGAUAUCCUGCUGAUUGUAGCUAAUUUUCUACUGAUCUAUCUUCAAGUUCACAGAUUUUGCUCUGUUCUGCUACUAGGACCAUCCAGUAUAUUUUCAAAUUUUGAUUGAUAGUCUUAGUUGAAAACUUUUUAAUUGGUGAUUUUCUGUAGCUCCUUUUUCUCUGCUGAGACUGUCUGUCUUUUUAUUUCUAAGGUCCUUUUCUGAUAAGUCCAACAAUGGGGUCAUCUCAGUGUUUAGACUCUCUUGGUUCUUUGUAUGUAGAGUAGCUUUGGAUUGUGUCCUGGGCAUUUUGAAUAUUACGGAUUUUGAGACUCUAGGUCUUGGUUAAAUCCUACGGAAAAUGUUGAGUCUUUGUUUUAGGAGGCAGUUGAUCCAUUUAGGAUUAGUUCCAGUAUGCCUCGUGUGGGCCAUUAAAAACAAGAGAACAGCAUUAAGUGGAGUCACUUAAUGCUAAAACCCACGUCACCAAACCGAGACUUAGCUACAGUUUCAGCUCUUCCAGAAAUGGAAUAUUAAACCAGUCAAUCAGGAAUCACCUGAUCAGCACGAGUUAGGUAAUCAGCCUGAUAGACUCUGGCCAUCCCCUAAGGAAAGUAGACUUGCAAUAACCAAAGCCAUUUUCUGCCUGGAAUAGCUUCCUUGUGCCUACUCCCUCCUGCUACUAAAAGUCCCUCAGAAGGGGCCUGGGGCCCCUUCUGUUUGCUAGAUGGAUGCUUCUCAAUUCAUGAAUCACUGAACAAAGCCAACAAGAUUUUAAAAACUUACUCAGCUGAAUUUUUUUUUUUUAAACAGUGCCAGAGUUCGAUGGUUUUCUGAACUUUUGCAAUGUUAGGUCAAGUCUGCCCUAAGCUAGUGCCACCCAGGGGCCAGUCUGAAAUCUGAGUGGUCUUCCCAGUAGUGUCGAAGUCACUGGAAUACUGUUUGGGGUCAGAUCCACACACGUGAGCCUGUGGGAUCCGUUUCUCAAGCCUCCCGCUCUGUGUGAUUUCUCCCAUGCUCUCCAGUGUCCAAGGCCGCCCUUUCCCUGGUCCUCCAGCUGGAAACUGGUGCUCUUGGUCUCCCUGCCCUGCCGCAUGCACCCUGCGACCGAGUCUGCUCUGGGGCCAGGCGACGGUGAAGAGAGGAAAAAGGCAAGCGGACUCCUCCCCACCGCACGUGCCUUUCAAACCACAGUUCUCUGGGUCAGGAGUUCCUCUGAGCUUUAAGUGUUUUCCUGGCUUCCACUGCUACUGCUGCCGCUGGGUUUCCACUUCAUACGAGGCCUGACCAGGGACAAGACUAUAUAAGGGAAAAAAAAAAGGACAAAAAAGGGAUUUCUGUCCUGAAGAGUCCUUCCUCCCUACUCCUCAGACCAAGAAGACAAGGCUGCUUUUGGAGGCCUUUCUUUCCAUGUCCACUGCACAGCCCCAGGAUUCACGCCGCCUCGGAGACCAGGCCAGCAGAUACCAGGGCAAAAAGCAAAACAGGAGGCUUGUCAUCAGAUUUUUAUAUCCCAAAUUCUGGUUUCCUCUCCCAGUCCACCUGCUACCACUUCUUUUUGAGAGUCCUCAGAGAGCUGCUUCCUGCAUUCCAUCCUGGGUUGUUAGUUGCAUUCAGGGGAAGGACAGACUAUACUUACUCAGUCUUAGAACUGGAAUCCUCAGAAAUGGUGUUUUUAAAAAUAAAGGCUCAUUUGUGGAGAACGGAAAAUAAAUAUAGUGCAUCUACAAGACGAUCCUCAAGUCAGCACUUGGGUACUGUGGCGUCUUUCCUUCUUUCCAAAUAAUUUUUGUUCAUCAUUGAGAAGAUACGAUUUUGGAACCUCCUUUUUAAGUUAUUUUAAUAUUCUGGAUGGGAUAUGGCAAGACCAGGAUUUCACAUCCCAAGUGGGAGACGUUGGAGUUGAGAGGUCCCGAGAGGGUCCAAGCCCACAAAUCUUUCUAGACCCUUUGGCAAAAUAUCGGUAAUGCCUUUUCCCUGAAGAAAAAUAUGUCUUGCUGACGGAGUUGGGGAACACCCAGCAGACACCCUGUGUGAAUCGGGCAGACCCCACGCACCCCUAUAACCUCACACCCUGGCUCUGUGGUUCACAGCAGAGUGGGGAGCCAGGAGUGGCAGAACCCCAAGAAUUAGGAGGUGAGAACUUGUCCUGCUGUCCCAUCUUUGUGCAAGAUGUUUGCUGUAACCUGAAUGUGUCUUCCUAAAAUUCAUGUGUUGACGAUGGGAGGUGGGGCCUUUGGGGGGUAAUUAGGCAAUGAGGUCACGAGAGUGGAGCCCUCGUGAAUGGGAUAAUUCCAUUUAUAAAUGAAGCCUGUGACCCAGAAGCAGGCCCUCACCCAAUCAUGCUGACACCCUGGCCUCAGACUUCCAGCCUCCAGAACUGGGAGCAAUACCUUUCUGUGGUUCAUAAGCCACCUGUCUGUGGCCUUUCAUUACAGCAGCUGGCCAGCUACGGCCAUCUCUUUGGGCUCCCGUUUUCUGUAUGUAUGAGGGUUGCACUAGAUCACCUGGGAGACUUGGCAGAGGUGUGAAGGGUUCCUGGUUCAUCUACUGGCAAGGUUGCUUCGGCUGAUUUGAUGUUGGGCUACAGCGUAAGAAGCAUGGGCAAGGGUCCUUCUGCCAAAGAAAGUUUCAAGAUGUAAAGAGAAGUGCCCAGCCCAGGCAACAAAAACUCCCUGGUGGUGUUCAGAGGAGGCAGGAGGCACAUGGUGGCCAUGGCAGUCAGGAGGACGCAGAUGGAAGCUGAGAUACCGGGAGGCCAUUAUCAGAAGUGUUUACUGUACCGUCGUGGUCCUUGCCCGACCUAAACCUGCCAUGGUGUGCCACGGUGUUCUGUGUCAUUUCCCGCAAGUAUUUACCACUGAAGAGGAACAGUGUGAUGAUGGUCGGUUCCUGGCAUCCCUGAGCUGAUUCGGGAGCAACAGUCCUCGUUUGCCCUGGCCCCCCUGGAAUGAGAAUCCAAGGCCCCCCUGGGGAGGGUGGGCGGGGGCCCCCUGGCAGCUGGGGCUGAGACAAGGCAGCCGCUUUGUUCUGAAUCCACAAUGGCAGGAUGCCCAGCAAAGGGCCAGCUUCCUCCGAGGCAGGGCAAGGGGGUGGGAGCCGGGCCGAGGGCAUGCCCUGGGGCCCUGGGUUAGCAGGGGAAGCCUGCAGGGCGGGAGCGCACAGCACGAGAAGCCUUGGGAGAGGAACUGGGAGGCACCUGGAGUGAGCCAGUCUGCUCACAUGGCUCAAGGACCUAGUAGGUUUGUGAAAUAAAAUUCAUGCCUUAUGGCAAGACAGGACCAAGCUAAACAUGGUAAACUCUUCUCUGCCUUUCUGACCCCUCUCCCCGAACUGUGCAUUCUGCAUCUGCACGUACGCAUCGACCAGAACACUCCAUCGGCAGGAAUACCUUCUCAACCACAAAGAGCAGCAUUUCUCCCAGCAUCAAGACAACUCCUCAAAAGAUAACGCUCCUUCUUGAAACUUAUAAGGGGUCACAUGAUCCACCACGGCGACGCUUAGACCCAGAUUACGUGAACUGUCAAUAAUAUGUCAUUUGAUGUACAGCCCUCUGUCUCAAAAAUACUUACAUAACUGUUCCCUGACGCCUAACAGGCAGAACAAUUCUCAGAGCUUUCUGAGAUGCUCUUCCCGGGUUACAGUCUUCAAACUCAGUGCAAAUAAAAAUUUUCAUUUCUUUCUUA